AUGAUGCCGAAACGACGAUUUUCUUGUUUCGUUUUAAUUCAGAAGAUCGGUCUUCUUCUUCUACUUCCCACAAUUAUUGCAGGUUACACGCGGAACAACAACAAAACGCCGAGGCUUGACUUUAUUGGAAAUGUGCCGGCCCUCACUCCAUUAUCCGCUUAUCAGGGAAACAUGCUAACGGUUCGUGGUGGCCUCAGCGCGAAGACUCUUCCGCAAACCGCUCUCAUCAUCAUUGGCAAGGAGAGUCACCUGAAGAAGCUCGACUAUCAAACUGUGGCCCCGAAAUUCGCCAACCAUCUCAACGCCGAGCAAUGGAAGAGGGGAAUCGAUAUCUUGACACCCGAUAGCGGCAGCGUCCCAUUGUUCUACAACUUGGCAAAGGUGGUUGCAGUCUCCGACAAGGUCUCUCGAGGCAACGCUUUCUCCAACUCGCCGGCCAUUUCAAAGGAACUUCGCGGCUACAAAGUGCCAUCGAAUGCUACGGAUCUAUCAGUCGUAGUGGUGGCCGAGUAUGCUGAUGUGAUCUCUUCGGUCGCAGCCGUCGCUCGUUCGUUCCCCGUUUUUUCACUCAAGACGAAAGAAGACACGACUUUGAAGAACAUUGACAUCGAAGUGGUUGUCGUCGAUGGAAAGACGCUUGCUGAAGAUGACGUCAACUAUUUGAACCACCUUAUCAAAGCAAUUAGGGAGACUGCACGGUUGAUCGACACCCCACCAAACAUUUUGACAACGGAUGCGUUCGUGCAAGAAGCGAUUAAAGUGGCCGACGGUUUGCCCGACGUUAAGCAUCAUGUCAUUCGAGGCGAGGAGUUGCUGCAACAGAACUUUGGCGGAAUCUACCACGUUGGAAAGGCUGGUCCAACUCCUCCGGCAUUUGUCGUACUCAGCUACAAGCCAGUAGGUAGUAACCACAAAUACGCGCUUGUUGGAAAAGGAAUCGUCUUCGACACCGGUGGCAUGCAAAUCAAAGGAAAGACGGCAAUGCCUAGCAUGAAAAUUGAUAUGGGAGGAGCCGCCGCAUUGCUGCAAGCGUUUGCGACUUUGGUGCAAUCAGGGUUCAAGCAAGAGCUGCACGUUUGCCUGUGCAUCGCCGAGAAUAACAUUUCGCCGCAAGCCAAUAAGCCUGAUGAUGUGAUUCGAAUGCUCUCGGGUAAAACGGUCGAGAUCAACAACACAGAUGCUGAGGGGCGACUUGUGCUCGCUGAUGGAGUCUUCUACGCAAAAAAUACGCUUGGGGCUACAACGAUCAUCGAUAUGGCAACGCUCACUGGUGCUCAAGCCUACAUUUCGGGUAAACACCAUGCUGCAGUUUUGACGAAUCUGGAGGAGAACGAAAAACAAAUCGAAUUGGCCGGACGUCGGUCAGGGGAUCUUGUCAAAUCGAUGCUGUUCGCUCCCGACAUGCACUUCUCCGAUUUGAAAUCUCCAAUCGCCGACAUGCGCAACAGCAAUUUCGGAAAAAUGGAGGGGCCUCCAUCAGCGAUCGCUGGCUUGUUCAUUGCAGCGCACAUCGAUUUUGGUGAGGGAAUUUCGUGGAUGCAUCUUGAUAUCGCCUCGCCUUGUGAAGUGGCAGAUCGUGCAACUGGGUAUGGACCAGCUCUUAUCAGUGUUCUCCUUGGAAAAGAAACGAAAGUGCCUCUUCUGCAA